CAAGCUUUCAGGAUCACACAAAUCUCAAGAACUCAAUGAAUAUUUGAAUGUGGCUGUCCUGUAACAUAUAGCUCUGUAAUUAUGAAUACUACCGAGUUGUCUUUUAUGACAUGGAAUACAAAUGGGCUCAGAUCUAAGAUUAAGGAUGUGAUAACAGAGAUAGAGAAACACAAGUGCCAUGUUGCAUUCAUUCAGGAAACACACAUUGGGCGAACUGACAAAGAUGUUUUUAAGAGACUUGACAAUUGGAAAUCAGUUUUUACAGAGUAUCGCUCGCAAGAUAGUGGGGUGGCUAUUUUAAUAAGAAAAGAUAUUCUGAGCAAAUCAAAGAUCUACACUCGUAAGGAUGCUGCUGGCUGCUACAUUGCAGUUAAAUGUACCCUCAAAGGUCAGCUGUAUACACUUGUCAGUGUGUAUACUCACCAAAUAGAUUCAAGACCUCUAAAGAGACUUAGAAUGAUACUGGAGAAUUUUGCAGCAGGCUUUUUGUUGAUUGGCGGAGACUUCAACAUCCCUCUGAAUCCAUUUCUGGACAGGAAUUCUUUAACAGAGAAUGAACGACAUUUUAUGUUAAGACCAACCGUAGAGAAAUUGAUGACAUCUUUUCAUCUUGUGGAUGUAUGGAGAAGGCUCAACCCGGUAUGUCGGCAAUAUACCUUUUCAGGCCCCUCAUCAACAAAGUCACGAUUAGACUAUCUUUUUGUGCCAGAGGAAUCAGUACAAUAUGUUAAAAGCUGUAAGAUUUCUGUGGAAAGCUGCCGCUCUGACCAUCAGCCAGUUCUAUUUAAAAUCAGGUGCAACACAAAAAACAAAUCAACAAAUGACUUGGUUGUCAGCAAAACAAGAAAAAAAUCUGAUAUCUCAAAAUUCGUGGCAGAGGUUUCACAGCAAUGGCUCACUGACAAACAAAAAAAAUGGGGUCAGAAAUUGAAUAUGACCUUUGAUCACAGUGCUUUUGAAAAAAUUCAGGUUCUGGAUGUUGAAAAGGCAAUUCAAUCUUUGGCAGUAAACAAGAACAAAGAUAAACGGCCAGAUGGUAUAUCACUCUUAUUCUAUAGGAGCUAUUCAUACGCUCUCAUUCCAUAUUUGUGCGUGUUUUAUCACAAUUUACUUAAACAACCAGUGAACGUCCCAAAGUCUUUUAACACGACUAUAAAUGUGUAUGGGACUCAUUUUAUAUAUAAUGUCGACUAUCUGAUUCUGGCAACCAUCAUGGCCAGGUGGCUUAAUGACCACUUGGAUUUUCACUCAGAAAACACUCAUGAAGAAACAGGUACAAAAGUGCUGUUUGCAUUUAAAAAGGGAGCAAAAAUGAUCCCAUGGUCCUUAUUACAGCACUGCUUAAGAAAUGAACAAACGAAAGAACCACCUUUGCACACGGCAUUUAACAUUGACCUUCUUGAAAAGCUUCUGAAAAACAGUUCUUGUGGCAAGUACAAGUUACUAUGCUGGGGCUGUCCACUAACUCCUGUAUUGAUGAGACUGUGUCUCAUACAUGUAGCUGAAAGAUUUCUUGAAAGUGAAGGGCAGGAGGAUUCAGAAGUGUUUAUUUGUAAAGAGAAUGUCAUUGUGAGAAUCUCUACAAAUGUCAGUAGAGGAACUCUUGAAAAAGCACGGGAGGAAUUACCCACUGUGCACUGUGAAUUUGUUGAUGAACUUACGAGUGAACAGUCUUAGUAGUCUUAUACUUAUCAUAAGAAUACAUUAUAUACACCAAAUUAAUGAACACAAAGUUGUGUGCAAUGUAAUAUUUGUUUCACAUAAAAUGUCAACAUUUAACUUUAGCUAAAAUUCUUAAAACAUACAUUUAUGUACUUGUGUGUGUGUGUGUGUGUGUGUGUGUGUGUGUGUGUGUGUAAUUUAGAUGUUUAACAGAACAAAAAUGUAAAUACAUCAGUCUCAUGUUAUAUCAUUGUGUUGUAACUGUUCUUUUGCUCUUUUAGCUAUAUUGUGGACAAUUGAACAAUUUAUUUAUUUAUAUCUUUUGUUAUUUGGUCACCUGCCAGGGAAGUGGAAACUUAAAGAUUAAAUAUCUAUAUAUCUGUAGAAUUACUGCAACUGUGUGCUUAACAAUACACAUUUAAGAUAAGACUUUUUAAUAAUUCAGUUAUUUUACAACUUUCUUCAUCUUGAUUUCAAUGGUUUCAUUUAUUUUUUUUCUUGUAAUUUUCUUGUUACUUUUAUGGUUUUCAGUCAUUCAGUUAAAAUAUACAUUAUUUUGAGACGAUAAAAAAAUGACAUUUUUUUUCAAGUAAUGUAUUCAAUUACCCUUCUGUAUAGUUGAAGAUCAUGUUUA